AUGUUCCUCCCUUACGCAUUUGAGAGCGCACGCUUACAGUAUGCUCGUACACCACAGGGCAAAGUAGCUGAGCUACGUCUUGAGCUCAACAGUGGCGGCAAGAAGGACAAGAACUUCACCGCGAAGAAGACCGCCCUCAAGAAAAUCGUAGCGAAUAUGACCAUGAGCAACAACGAUAUGGUAGCUCUCUUUCCUGAUAUUGUAGGCUGCAUGCACAUACCGAGCUUGGAGAUCAAGAAGAUGUGCUUCUUGUAUCUAGUCAACUAUGCGAGGAUAAAACCCGACAUUGCCCUGAAGGCUCUGCCUAUAAUCCAGGAAGACAUGCACGACAACAACCCACUCGUACGGUCGCUCGCGCUCCGAACCAUGUCCUACAUCCACGUCCGCGAAUACGUCGAAGCGACCGUACCGCAUCUCAAGAGCCUCCUUCGAGAUAACGACCCCUACGUACGCAAAACCGCCGCCAUUUGCGUCGCGAAGCUUUACGACCAUGACAAGGCUAUGGUCGAAUCCUCCGACCUCAUCGAUAAGCUGAAUGCUAUGCUGCGAGACGAAAACCCCACCGUUGUGUCCUGUGCUUUGGCCUCAUUGAUGGACAUAUGGGAGCGAUCGGAAACCAUAAAGCUCACCAUCGACUAUGCGAGUGCCUCCAAGAUCGUUCAAAUAUUGCAUCAGUGCUCAGAAUGGGGUCAAACAUACAUUCUCGAAGCCUUGAUGAACUACGUUCCACAAGACACGCAGGAAGCAGCGAUUCUUGCUGAGCGCAUAGCACCACGGCUUUCACAUUCAAACUCUGCUGUUGUCUUGACUUGCAUCCGCGUCAUACUAUACCUUCUAAACUAUAUCUCAGACCCAAAAGUAAUCACCUCUCUAUGUAACAAGCUUUCGCCACCGCUUGUCACACUCCUUUCGAAAGGACCUGAGAUCCAAUACCUUGCUCUACGGAACGCUCUCCUCAUCCUGCAACGGCGGCCGGAGGUGUUGCGCAACGAUAUCCGCGUCUUCUUCUGUAAAUACAACGACCCUAUCUACGUCAAAGUCACAAAGUUGGAACUCAUCUUCAUGCUCGCAACAGAGAAGAAUAUCAAGGAGGUCUUGACGGAGUUGUCUGAGUACGCCACCGAGAUCGACGUCGAUUUUGUGCGCAAGUCAGUUCGAGCAAUCGGGAAGCUUGCCAUCAAGAUACCACCGGCGAGUCAACUAUGCAUAUCGACACUUCUUACACUAGUCAGUACAAAGGUGUCGUAUAUUGUCCAAGAGGCCACAGUAGUCAUCCGUAAUAUUUUCCGAAAAUACCCCAACCAGUACGAGUCGAUCAUUUCCACCCUGUGCGAGAAUCUCGACUCCCUAGACGAGCCAGAAGCCAAAGCUGCCAUGAUCUGGGUCAUUGGCCAGUACGCCGACCGGAUAGAAGACAGCGAUGUAUUACUGGAAGACUUUCUCGAUUCAUUCAGUGAGGAAACACACGAGGUGCAAUUAGCACUGCUCACAGCGACGGUCAAACUGUUCAUUCAAAGGCCUACGCGCGGUUCGCAGCUGGUCCCCAGGGUGCUCAAGUGGGCCACAGAGGAGACGGACAAUCCCGACCUACGUGACCGAGGUUACAUGUACUGGCGAUUGCUCUCUUCUGCUCCAGAAGAAGCUAAGAGGAUCGUCAUGGGCGAGAAACCCGCAAUCACAGCCGAAGAGUCAGAGAAGCUGGACCCGGGGACGCUGGAGGAGAUGUGUCUAAACGUCGGUACCCUCGCCACCGUCUACCUCAAACCGGUGAACCAAGUGUUUCGCUCUGCGCGGCCAAGAAGACUGCAGGAUUCACCUGCGUUGCAGCGGCACGAACUGCCUACGGCCAAGGCUGCACAGCAAGCGCGAGACCGCGCAGCAGCCGAGCGGAGUCGUCUGGACACUUCAACUACCAACGGCAAUGGUUCGUUUAGUCCCACCAACGGCAGCGGACUUGAAGCUGCGGCACAUGAGGCGGACCUCUACUUUGCGGGAGUAGGUAGGCAAAGUACGUUCGGUGGAAGUCCCAUUGUGGCGGAGCAGGGUUCGCUUGGAGGCGGGUGGGUGGUCAAUCAAAACAUGCCCCAGGCAGCUGUGAUGAGCCCUGUGGGUGCAGAUGGCAAUCAGGAUCUACUGCUGUAA